AUGCAUAAGUCACUCGUGCUGAGCUUUGCAGCCGGGGCGUUGGCUCUUCCAAACGCCCAAUUCGCCUUGAGAGCCGACACGUCUAUACCCGCGCCACCAGACCCUGAGCCAAUUAGCCUCACAACCCUUCCUCUUCCACCUGUUGCUCCUAGCAAUGAGACCGGAGCCUGUACCUCAGAAGUCAAUCCACAUGGCACAGGAUGCAUGACUGUCGCGUCAAACAAAGACUUUCAAGCGGGUGGCUUUCUACCAGAUGGGAAGCACGUCCUAGUUCGCAUCGGGUUCACCGGCGCUCCUACAUCUUCGGACCCAGCCAGCAUUUACAAUGGCAGUCAGAUCAUUGCCGUCAAGACUGACGGUAGCAAUUUCUCUAGUGGCAGCCCUUGGAAGUGUCUAACCUGUGGUUUGCCCGAAGAAAACAAAAGAGGGAUAUCCACACUAUACAACUAUCCACAGGCUUUCAACGAUGGCAAGAGGAUUCUCUUUGGCUCGAAUAUCCUAGAUUGCGGAGAGCACAAUCUCGUUGACCAAGACUGCACACCUGAGCGCACUCACAUCUACCCCAUCCGGUGGAAUACAAGUCUUGAUGACACAGGAGAGGGCGGCGCCAUUCGAGAGUUGCGAUUGCACCCCGACGACGUCCAUCUUGGUUUUAAUGUCUUUACAGUAUCUGGCAACAAGAUAGGACAAUUUGCAUACUUGGGAAGACUAGAGUUCAACGCAAAACCGAAAGCUGGCAAACCGCUUGUCCCGCGUUACGACGUGGUCAAAGUUACUCGGCUCUUUAACCCCAAAACAGCGAAUCCUUUCGUGACAAAUGGCAAUUCUAUUGCUGUCAACCGGGACUCUAUGUAUGUUGGAGAAUUCCGCGGAUUCAGUGGCAGAGGAACCGAAGCUACCUACAUUGGAUACCCUGCCGAGUCUUCCAACAUUGACGUCUUUGCCAUUCACCUGCAAACUGGCAAGGUCCGGCGCCUUACUACCCACCCGGAAUAUUGCGAUCCUAUUGCCGUUUCUCCUGAUGAUAAUUGGAUCGCAAUUGAGGACACACGCGGAACUGACCGACAGAUGUGGCUCUCUGGGAUGAGACACAUCCCGCCUAUUACCGACCUCAUUAGCACAUCUGCCACGUCCUCGACCAGAAACAACGGACAAAGACGAUUCUUCAGACCCUUCCUUCUGGAUCGCUAUGGUGAUCGUGGGGACUACUUCGGCCAGAAGAUCAAUGGAGAUGGCGAGGGUGUCCGUGGCAGUGGUGACUUCAACGACCCGGAAUGGAAUGCCAUGGCUGACCCCAGAUGGUCUCCCGAUGGUACUCAGAUUGUCUAUGGCGAUGUUCAUACUCUUCCUCCGGCGUGUGGUGGCAAGAAUCCACUUCCCUGCUACCGUUCCAAAGAACCAGGACAUAGGAACGUGCGUGUGGUCCUGGCAACUCUGACUUCUCGCACGCCCCUCAAGCUUCCUCCAGUCAAGCCCAUCUCAGACAACGUCCCCUGGGGUGAAGAAUAUACCCCAGGUGAUGCGGACCCGCCUCCACCGGUGCCAUCACCUGGCAAAUAUACAAUGCAGGGUCUUAGUCGUGGACAUGCGGAUGUUGAGAUCGUCGGAAAGAACGGAUCUAUCAGCGAGAUUAGUGUCAUCUACCACAACUAUUCGGAAGACGGAUCGACCUUCUUGGAAGGAUCUGAGAGGGUUCGCUCCUCGUAUCUUUCUUUAACACUUAAUCAUGUUGACUGGUGGUCUAAUUUGACGCAGACUGGUAACUCAAGAAACACAAAGCAGACAAGUCCCGAUGGUUUCCACCUAACCAUUGACGUUUUGACGAAUAUUUUCAAUGCGAAUGGGACUAUGAACACUACUAUUGAUGGCCAUGUAUACACACAACCGGCGAACGAAACUUGA